UACUGUUCACAAAAAUAUUCUGAGCUUUGUAGGAAGGAACUCAUCUUCUCCCCUUCGCUCUUAUCAAGUCAGCAAACGUGGGCCCAAUAAGUCAGAGUGUAUUGCACCUUCAAGGCUAUCAAUGGACUGAGACUGUGAUGGACUUGCACGCAUUAGGCUAUAAAUAAGAUAUCAGCAUCAGAGGUACAUAGAUUUCGUUAUGACAACCAGCUGUUCAAAAGAUGUCAACGCUGCCUGUGACUGAUGUCCCAGAUGUUGGUCAUGUGACAGUUUUGUCCCACCGGUCAGAUGAGAGUAAAGUAUUUGAUGGGGCUGCGGAGCUACAACUUCAUUGCAUGGUGGAGGAGAGCAAUGACAGCGCCACAAUGAAGCAUGAAAACCUGUUAUCUCUCCGUGACCUGUCCCAGCCAGAUGACUUCCCCGCCCCACCUCAUAAUGGUCCUGCUCCCACUGGGAUGAGCAGCCCUUUUCCAGUUGAGCUGAGUGACACCAAGCCUGAUGUGGGCGACACAUCCACUGGCACAGAUGGUCAGCCAGUGAAGAGAAAGAAGGGUCCUGCCCCGAAGAUGCUGGGCAAUGAGGUGUGCAGUGUCUGCGGUGACAAGGCCUCUGGAUUCCACUACAAUGUUCUAAGCUGUGAGGGCUGCAAGGGCUUUUUUCGACGUAGUGUCAUUAAAAGUGCUCAGUACUCUUGCAAGAACAAUCAACGGUGUGAAAUGGACAUGUACAUGCGACGCAAGUGCCAGCAGUGCCGCUUGCGCAAAUGUCGCGAGGCAGGCAUGCUCGAACAAUGUGUGCUCUCUGAAGAACAAAUUCGUCUGAAGAAGAUGAAGAAGCAGCAGGAUGAGGAAACGGCCCGCUCGUCCACAGUGGUCACUCCCACUCCUCCACAGGAAGCAGCUUCAUUGGAUCCACAGCAGCAAGAAAUGAUUGAGAAGCUGGUGGCCAUGCAGAAGCAAUGCAACAAGAGAUCCUUUCUUGAUCGACCAAAAGUGACACCAUGGCCGCAGAAUCAGGAUCUACAGAAUCGAGAAGUGCGUCAGCAGCGUUUCGCCCACUUCACUGAGCUGGCGAUCAUGUCGGUCCAGGAGAUCGUGGAUUUUGCUAAGCAGCUUCCGGGAUUUUUAGAGCUGACAAGAGAGGACCAGAUCGCUCUCUUGAAGACGUCAACCAUCGAAAUUAUGCUGCUGGAGACAUCUCGUCGAUACAACCCUGCCAUUGACAGCAUUACGUUUCUGAAGGAUUUUAGUUAUAAUAAGGAGGAUUUCGCAAAAGCAGGCCUUCAGUUUGAGUUCAUUAAUCCCAUCUUUGAGUUUUCUAAAGGAAUGAAUGACCUGCAGCUGGACGAGGCUGAAUACGCACUGCUUAUUGCCAUCAACAUAUUUUCUGCAGAUCGGCCAAAUGUGCAAGAUCAUGAUCUUGUGGAGAGGCUGCAACAACCUUAUGUUGACGCUCUGCGCUCUUACAUCACGAUAAAGAGACCAAAUGAUCACUUGAUGUUUCCACGCAUGCUGAUGAAGCUGGUGAGCCUUCGUACACUGAGCAGCGUGCACUCUGAACAGGUGUUUGCCCUUCGUCUUCAGGACAAGAAGCUUCCCCCGCUGCUCUCUGAAAUCUGGGAUGUCACUGAAUGACUGCAGUCCCAAUGUCACACUCCUUGGCAUAUUGAAUCUUGAGACAGACCUGACACCGGGCAUGGUCUUGAACCUGUCUCAUCUGGUCAUGGACUACUUCCAGCAUUGUGCUGUUGUUGGGCUUUUUGUGGGAGCGUCUCAAUGCCUUUUUGCUCACAGACUCAGACAUUUUUUUUCCCCCUUAAACCUGUUCUUCCUUUUUGUGGACGUUGGCAUGACUUUGCCAACAUGAAAUGCCAGCUCAUGGGUUUGAAUUAUUCUUCUGAUUCAACGUGUUAAAAGUUGAGUGCAGUUCUAUUCUUUUCCAGCCUGAAUGCUCUUGCCGUAUAGCUGCUGUUGCUUCAUGUUAUGAAUGAUUCGAGCUCUGCUUUCAAGUUAAUUUAUUCAGUAGUCUUGCCAUGGGUGGACUGGAAACUCAGUUCGGCGUAACCUUCAGCUGCAGUUUUCGUUGACGUUAAGCCACACUUUUGCACCCAAGUAUGACAAAUGUGUGCGUACAUUUUAAGGACGUAGAGACAACAACGUUGGUAUAGUUGCUCAGGUAAACUAAUGUGAAGUAGAGGCAUCCUUUUUUUAGAUCACUUGAGUGCCCAAAGGGAUCCUUUUUAUCAAUACUGAUGCACACAAAAUUAUUUAUUUUCUUAAGACAUGUGUGGAGUGCACAAGUUUCCACAAGAUUGUACAAUUUAAUACAAACCCUUAAUAACAGCAAUCUAUGUACAGUAAGAGGUGUCGUGUAAGGGAACAAGGGUGUGUAAAAAGUCGAUCUCACAUGUGUUGGACGGGUGAUGCUACUGCCCCAAAUUACUUAAUGUGAACCUGCUUAUAAAUGUAAAAAAGAUAAAUCAUAUGUAGGAUCAAAUUAAAGUACCACUUUUUGCAUCUAAUAUGGAGAUUUAUUUGCUAACAGAGGAACGUAACUGAUUUAAAACUUGAACUUGAAAUUUUAUUCCACAUACGCGAUGAUAAGGCGGGUGUGCAAACAGAUCAGCACCUACUGGUAAGAUCUCUUAAAGCUUUGUUAGCCAGGUGAAUGGUAGCAGAGAACAAACAGGAUUUAAUUCAAAUAGAAUGUUGAAAGAAAUCCUGGCUUGCAUGCAUUUGCUUCCUCUUAUGCAGUAAAGAAUUGAAAUGCAGUAAAAAAAAAAACUGGUCAAUAAAUUUAAACAUUUGUUCAUUUUUUUACAUUUUCUGUGGGUUUCACAUGCUUCAGGAAAGUGAGUGAGAGAUCACCUCAUUGCACUGUUUUAAUUGAGUCUCUUAAUUGUCUUUUUCGAAUUCUCCACAUGAUGUUAGGUUGCUGUUUAAUCAGAAAUGCCACCAACCAUUUCAGAUUGUUUUUCAUACAAACAGUGGUCAUGACAUUUUUGAAUAUUCAGCUACAGUUCCUGGUGAUUUCUAAGGAUAGGACAUCUGAGUAGAUGGAACUGUUCAGUUGAGAAAAUUUUUUUCACAUAAGCACACACUGUAACAAUUAGGCCAUUGUUUUUUUUUUGGGGGGGGGGUCUCCCAGGUGGUCAAAAUGUGUUAAUAGCUUUUUUCCAUAGCAGACAUUUGUGCUUACCAUUGUGGGAAAAACACGUGUUUCAAAUAUAAUAAACAACUGUUUUAUUCAGGUUCAUUGGCAAGCAGGCAAAGUAAUUAGCUCCAGUUUAGGUGGCUCGGUAAAAUGUACCAUUUACAAUAAUGCAUUUCACAUGCCAACCAUGAUAAAGGUCUUAAAUUGUAUCUGUGCAGUAAUUAGGAGGGGAAAUCUUUGUUCUACAAACCUGAACAAAUCAGAAGAAAACAGCAGCACUACUUAAUAACCAGCACAAGACUUGAAAGUAAAAAUAUUCACUGCUCAUUUUGAUUCCUUAGUUGUUUUUAACAUUUAAUUGAUAAUAUGUCAAACAAAUGGUUGUAUUAAAUAAUCAAAUUAUUUGUAAGGCAGUGGAUAAUAAUUGACAUAUUCCUGUUUUGGGUAGCUGCCAUUGAAAGUGGUCUGCAGGUUUUAGUCUGUGUGAUGACUUAAAUUAAACAAAAUUGUAUUCAGAAAAA